CACUUCUUAAAGUUAAAAUCAGCUUUUCUGCUUCUUUGCAGAAUGAGUCCCAACAUAUUUACCCCCACGCCCUUCCUGCAAAGCGCGGCAGCGCAUAUAUAGCCUUGGCCCAAUUCUUUUUCCUCUGCUUAACGCCAGGAGAGGGGUGUGUGUGGUUCGGCCGCCGCUUGCAAGAGUGCGCGGCGAGGUGGUCCCUGCAGCUCGGAUGGCUUCGCCGGACAGCGGCCUGGGCGACGACAGCUUCUCUUCCCCGCUCCUGCCCGCCCCGCCGAGCAUCCUGCAGCAGGAGCUGCGCCAGCUGAAUGACCGCCUAGCCGCCUACCUACCGCACGUCCGCGGCCUGGAAGCCACCAGGACGGCGCUGCAGCUCCGCCUGUCCGCAUCCGAGGAGGGCAGGCGCCGCGAGGUCGGCGUCUUACGGAGGGCUUACGAGAGGGAGCUGGCCGCAGUGCGCGAGGAGCUCCACGGGCAAGUCCGGCAGCGCGCCGGUCUGCAGGUGGAGCUGGAGACCCUCCUCGAAAAGCACAGGCAGCUGCUCGCCAGGAAUUCUAAAAAUGAGAAUGAUUUAAGCCUGGCAGUCGCUCGUGUGAAGGACCUUGAUGCUCAGCUCCACUGCAAAGAGGCCGAAUUGACGACAUCCUUGAGUAGACAGCAAAGCCUGCAGAACCAUCUUCAAGAGUCAGCGCGUGAAAUCAGCUCUCUCAAGGUAAUGGUCAAUGAUUCCAAAAGCCGUCUUCAAAAUGAGAUGUUGAAUAGAACAGCUAUAGAAAACCAAAUGGAAACCCUGAAGAAACAAGUGACAUUUCUAAAGAACAUCCAUGAAGACGAGCUAAAGAACAAGAAGCAGAUCUAUGAGAGCAGGAUUCAAGAAAUAGAGUCUCACCAUCACCAGGAAUUGGAGAGUAAGCUGUUGAAUGCUCUCAAAGAGCUCAGACAGCAACACGAACAACAGAUUUGCGCGUAUAAAGAUCAGGUGCAGCAAAUCUUCAGUGCCAAAAUGGAAAACAUUCAGCGUUCUGCGGCAAGGAGUAGUGAUAUCACCAAAGCUGCUGAGGAGGAGCUCAGAGAAGCCAAACUGAGAGUUGAUUCUCUGAUGUCACAGGUUGCUACGUUAGAAGCCAGGAAUGGGGAUUUGGAGGCCAGAAUAAACACGUUGGAGAACACCAUUCUCGACAAACAAGGCUAUUCGAUGAGAUGCCUAGCUGAGAAGGACAGGGAGAUGGACAGAAUGCAUCAGCGUAUGCAGGCACAGCUGGAGGAGCAUGGGAAACUGUUGGAAAUGAAGAUGGGUCUGGAUCUGGAGAUUGGUGCAUAUCGGGCAAUGCUAGAAGGAGAGGAACAACGGUUAAAAAACAGGCCCGGCUCGGAAAGUGUUGGAACACUGGAAACCACUAGUCUGGGCAGCCCCGUCCUCCCACGAAGGAGAAGGAGGAAGAGGGCACUUUCAGAAAGCCAAGUCCACAGCGUUUGCUUCAAAACGGUCCAGCAUGCAUCAUCUUCAGGAAGUAUUUCCAUAGAACAUAUUGACAAAGAAGGACAAUUUGUCAAAAUCAGAAACAAUUCUGAUCAGGAGCAGUCACUAAGUGGGUGGACCACAAGAAGGCAGCAUGGAAACCAGUCUGAAAUAAUGUACGAGUUUCCUGCUCGAUGUACCCUUGGGGCUGGUCAAGUACUUACAAUCUGGGUGUGACAGAAAGUUCAAGCCCAGCUCCUGGUAUGCUUGUCUGGAAGUCCCCCAAGUCAAUGAGAGGUGGAGACAGCUUUAGGAUUGUACUUUUUGACUCUGCUGGAAACCAAAUGGCAGAAGGAAAGCUCACUUACGUAGAUAGAGGAGAAGGUGGUGGAGAAAUGGAGGUGGCUGCUGGGGAAGAAGGAAUGGAGCGUCAUAUUCAGGCAGGUCUCCUACGUGAACUCCAAAACUGAGAAAUGCCAAAUACUUGUAUUCGUAUCCGGCUGAGUUGAGCUGUUGCUGCUGCUUUUUAAAAUAGUCAGUUGAUGCAAAGCACAGUAGUGGUUAGCUGCACAGUGCACUUGUUUCUCCUGACAUGCCACAUAGAUGCUGUUUUUUGGGAUGGCAAUCUUGUAAACGUUUACAGAUAACUGAAGAACCAGGGUUGUUGCUUUGGCUCCAGCCUAGCUGUAACAUUGACCUAGCUUAGCGAGAGAAGCGCUUACCAUUCUCAAAAGAGUUUUCUGGGCCUGAAUGCACAGCAGAACUGCCGUUUUUAGGUCUAAUCUCAUGGCACAUCUUAUGAAGCAAAUGUUCGUCUCUUUCCCUCCUCCUUGCCCGCCCUCUCUCCAGCGAAAUGAAAGUCGAACCUGCCUCAUAAUAUAGCCGAGAGAAGAUGGUGAGCAUCUGUGGAAGCUUCCUCCAGCCAAAAUGAUGGUCUACGUAUAUGAAAGUAACAACCUACAGAAAGAGACUCUGUUCAGCGUAGAGCCUUACUUCAACUGAAGACUCUCUAAAUGGGACAGGGCAAUGGUGGAGGAACCCAGAUUGGAGGAACCACCAAACCCAAAGUCCUUGUCCUGGCAGGGUGGAAGUUUUUGGGAGGGUCAUCACCUCCAUUUAGUUUUGUUCCAGUUGAGGCCAGUGAGAAGAGAAGGCUUCUAAGUAUAGCAGAGCCAGGGCUGGUGUACUUCUUCUCCCCCAAUUCCAGAGUUAUAGGGAGGGGGACGGAAUUCACUGACGUACCUUGUAGUUCCUCCAGGUUUCCUUCUCCACUGUCUGAGCUCUGUCAGAGGGUCAGCUGCAAAGAGUGUACCCUCUGUGAGUAGCCCUCCUGCUCCUUCCCAGGGACCCAAGAAUUAUUUAUCUAUACCAUCUUGCUCAUCACAAUGAGUGAAAAGACACAGUUUCAGUUUAUUUCUUUACAAAUUAUGAACUGCAAAUUAUUAAAAGCCAAAUUAUUAA